UGUCAAUAAUUUCCUGGUAUGGCCCUACCAAUGCUUCUGAGGAACAACAGUACCAAACACUUCUUCUCACACGGUUCUUCCUUGUGAAAUAAAUUAGGUAGUCAACCAUGCCUGUUCCCGAAGACAUAUAUAAAAUGGAUGUCGACUUCACGAGUCUAGCGCUGAAAUAUCCGGAAUUUGCUAAACGUCUGAAAUCAAAUCGUCAACUCGACUUUUCGGAUCCAGAAAGUGUACGACAAUUAACAAAAUCACUUCUUCACCGCGAUUUUAAUCUCAAGAUUGAUUUACCAGAUGAUAGGCUUUGUCCGCCCGUGCCGAAUAGAUUCAAUUACAUCCUCUUCAUCCGUCGUUUACUAGCAAGCACUACACCUACACGCAAACCACGGAACUCAAAACCAUCAAUCUCAACCCCCAAACCACAACCACGACCAAUCCUCCUUCUCGACAUCGGCACCGGAGCCUCUGCCAUCUAUCCCCUCCUGGGAACCCAACAAUACCCAAACUGGUACUUCCUCGCCACGGAACUCGACGCCAAAUCCCGAUCUUACGCCCUUCGUAAUAUUACUCAAAACUCCCUCUCCGGACGAAUCAAACUCAUCGACACCGACUCUAGCGGAUCAAUCCUAAUCCCCGACUUGACACCGUACCUCCCUAAAAGAUCCUCUGGAUCUAAAUUAACAUCCACAUCCAAACUCGACAUCCUCCUCACCAACCCCCCCUUCUACACCUCCCCAUCCGACCUCGCCUUCUCCGCCUCUUCCAAAUCCCGCCCCCCAAACUCCAGCUGUACUGGCUCAGCCGUGGAAAUGAUCGUCGCGGGAGGUGAAGUCGGAUUCGUGACACGAUUAAUCCGUGAAUCGACCUUUCCUAGGAACAGGUCGAGGAUUCGUUGGUUUAGCAGUAUGUUAGGGAAAUUGAGUUCAGUCGGACAAGUGGUUGAGGUGUUGAGGGAGAGAGGGUGUGGGAAUUAUGCGGUGACGGAAUUUGUUCAGGGUCAGAAAACGAGGAGGUGGUGUGUGGCGUGGAGUUGGGGAGCGUGGAGGACGAGUUUAGAUGUCGGGAGAGGAGGGGCCGGGAGGGGGGUGGAUAGGGUGUAUUUGCCGGUGGCGACGGAGGUGGAUAUAGGUAUGGGUGUGGAUAUGGUGAGUCUGAAGAUGGUGGUGGAGGAGGAGUUGAGGGGGUUGGGGGUGGAGGUUUGGAGGGAUGAUGAUAGUGAGGAUGAUGAUGAUAAUGGCAAGGGAAUAGAUUCGAAGAUUUAUUCUUGGCGUCUAUUCAGUAUUGAUGGUGACGUCUGGAGUCGCAAAGCAAGGAGGAUGAAACAACAGCAGCAACAGCUACAGCGAGAAAAGACUAUCAAUGAUGAUGGAGGAGCAGCAAAACAGAUUGAUCAAGUGAUGAAGGAUGCAGACCAAGAGGAAGAUGAUAGCGAAGAAGAAGAAGACGAUGAAGAUGAAGAUGAAGACCAAAACUUUGGAAAAGAUUCGCUCAUGGUCAGAAUCUCACUCCGGAUAUCAUCAUCAGUGGCAAAUGUCCAUAUCCGUUGGAUAAAAGGUCAUGAUGCAUUGGUCUUUGAGAGUUUUUGUGGGUGGUUGAAGAGGAGACUUGAUGGACGGGCGCGAGGCCCAGGAGCAUGAAAUGAAGUGAAUAUAAUAUGAUGGGAUUAUAAUUCUCCAA